AUGGUCUUUGGCCUGAAGCUUGGUCUUCCAAAAGCCACAAAGGCGUCAGCAGAGCCUCCAGAGAAAUCGAAGGCUGAAAGUAGCGCGAGGAGUAGCUCCAAAGGAGCCGGAGUAAACGAUCGGAGCGGCGGAGGCAAAGGUGCACUCACUGUCAACGAGUUUGUUGCACGUACCAAGCGGUACCGAGAACGUGGCCUUGAGCCUACCAAGCCAGAGCUCAUUGCGUAUGCACGGUACCUUGGUAUUGACCCCAUCACAGAUGGCGAUCUUAUGUGGAUUGCAGACGAGGCACUCGCCGCACCGCUCCCCUCUGAGUGGACAGAGCACCAUGACAGUGCGGAUCGGGUCUUCUACUACAACGUGCAGACCCAUGCGAGCUCAUGGACGCAUCCGCUGGAGCAGCUGCACCGGGAUACGUACAAGUCCAUUGUGCACUUCCGCGGUGGAGACCUCUCCAAAGAGGACCAGACUGUUGAGCUGGACAGGCUGAAACGCAAGUGUGAAGAAGCAGAGCGAGAUUCUGUGAAGGAACUGCAGGCGUGGUCCGAGCACACUGAUGAGGGAGGCCAGAAAUUCUUUUAUAAUCGCGACAAACAGGUCAGCGUCUGGACCGAUCCACGUCCUGCACGUUGCCACGCUUUGUACCUUCAGAUGAGGGCACUCCGUGAUAUGAGCAAGCAUUGUGGUCAGGUAGUACCAGGACUUGCUCCCAUGGACGAUCCACGAAGGGACAAGCUCCGCAUUCAGCAGCGCAGCCCUCGAAUAUUUUAA